AGUGUCUUUGGGCAUACUAGACAAAACGGUUCAUCUACCCAGGGAGGUAAUCAAAAAUGCGGAACGAGCGUGGCCGCGUUCCCGUUUUCGCAAAACGGAGCAUCCUCGGGUGCUGUUUGCUGUUCCUGGCGGCCGGCAUAUCCGCGCAAAACGAUGACCAAACGUUCGAGAGCGCGUACAGAUUGACGCCCGAAGACGUGGCCGACCAUAAUAACGAGGAAUCGGCCGUGGAAGGCGUACCGGUUGUGGAGAAUAGGGAAGUGGAGGACCUGAACGAUGUCGACGACCCCAAGCAGACCGAGAUCUACGAUGGGAACGGUCCCAUGAGCCCGCAAGUGGUCUCCGAAACGGAGCCGAAGGAACAAGUCACGUUAACUGAAGGUAUAUCCGGUAGAGCGAUCGGAGAAAAAAGCGGAAAGUAUGUGANUCCUCAGGCGCCGUUAUCAGGAUUCGUUACCUGA